AUGGAUGUGUGCAGUAGGAACCCGAACCGCACGGCGCCGGUUGGUGAGGACGGACUGCAGGGCGCCGACGUGCCGCUCUGCUCCCGCACUAAUGGCUGGAGUUCGCCUCACCCCUUCCAGCUGCUCGCAUGGCUGCUCUACGUCUACUUCGCUGUUACCAGCUUUGGUGUGUGUCCCCUGCUGCCGGCUCACUGGAUCCCUGCAGGUUACAUCUGCACGGGCAUCAUGUUUGUGUGUCACCUGUGUGUCCACGUGAUGGCGGUGUCCAUGGACCCGGCCGACUACAACGUCAGGACAACGAGCCACAAAGGUCCAGUGCCCGUUUUCGACCGCUCCAAACAUGCACAUGUCAUCGAGAAUUGCCACUGCUACCUCUGCCAGGUGGACGUGUGAGGGACCAAAGUCUAACACUGCAGUGCCUGUAACAAGUGCGUCGCCAACUUCGACCAUCACUGUCGAUGGCUCAACAACUGUGUUGGGAGCAGGAACUACAAGUUGUUCCUCUACAGCGUCUCCGCUCUGUUGGGCGUGUGUCUGGUUCUGGUCGUCGCCUCCUACGUCUUCAUCGAAUUCUUGGACCCGACUCAACUCCGCACUGACAAACACUUCUGGGUUUUGAGGAACGAUACAGGUGUGUUCGUCUUCCUGCCCGUGGCACCGGUCCGAUCAGCAGCAGCCGUGAUUCCGUGUCUCGCCGCCGUCUCCGUGUCCCUGGGUCUGUUGUCGUCAGUUCUGCUGAGUCACCUGCUCUGCUUCCACGUCUACCUGAUGUGGAACCGACUCAGUACCUAUGAGUACAUUGUGCGGCAGCGUCACCGUCAUGACAACCGAGACUUGAGGAAACCAGGACGAGUGAAGGAGCCGGAAACUCCUUCAGACGUCAGGGACCUGAACUACUCUGGGACACUGGGUUAUACCAACCCUCAGCUGGACGUGGAGGAACCUACCACUGUGUCGGCGCGGGGAGAGCCAGAGUUCCUGGUUAACGGCAGAGUGAGGAGUGUAUCCAGUCCUGUCAUGGAGGAAGAAGCUCCACCCGCCAUGUCUACACAACUGAAGCAAACAGCACAUACACACACACACCGACGCACACAGAAAAAGAAGAAGAAAGUCCGUAAGGUUCCAAUCGAGGAAACGAGGGAGCAGUGCUCGAGCAUGGCCCCGCCCCCAGCAGAUCCCAGUCUCUCCUCUGUGUCGCUCAGUCAGCGACUUCCUUUCCCCGUCUUUCCUCUGAGGGCCUCCCUGCCCCCCCUGGCCCUCCCCUCGGGCCCCGUCCAGGCCGCCGCCCCCCCUGCUGAGUACCACUCGGACUCUGCAGAGUCCUUGGAGGAGAUCCCUGUGGCGUUGGCCAAACUGGGCUCUUCGUCCUCUGCCGCUGCCGGAGACGCCUCCUCAUCUUCACACAGAGCCUUCCCAGGGUUCCCCCUGCCCUCGCCCCAGCCCAGGACUAAGAGGAAGUCCACCUCCUCCUGUGCAAAUAAGAGCGCAGCGGAGCUGAGGUUUGAAAUGGCCUCCACCCAGCUGCCCACUGUGUUUGUAAGCCGCGCCAGUGGAGAGCCCCGAGAGGACGGCUUCAAUCUGAGCAGGAGGCAGAUGGGGCCAAGACCCGGGUCCAGACCUGGAUCCAGAUCUGGAUCCAGACCGGCGUCCCGGGCGUCACUGGGCUCAGGUGCAGCUUCCUGGAUGGAGCGAUAACCUGAGCCAACAAUUCUGUUAAUCUCUACAAUCAUGUGCACUGCAGCCACGCACAAGUCUUUAUUUAACUGACUUUUAUUUUGAAGGGUCUUUGUAUAUCUCACUAUUUAUUGUUUUGAUAUUUUUUUAUUCUGAAGCCAAAGGCCAGUUCCUGUUUGUGCACAAUCUUUAUACUGCUGCUUGUGUGUUGAGCUGUUGAGACGCAGCUCACUGAGUUUGUGGAUGUUUGUCUCUCUGUUCCUCUGUGGACCUCAUGCCCCCCCCCCCCCCCCCC